AUGACAACACUCGAUUCCUCCUUUGUAACGAACUCCAGUUGGAAACCAGAUCUCUUCAAGGGUAAAGUUGUUUUCGUGACCGGAGGUGCUGGUACUAUUUGCCGUGUUCAAGUUGAAGCUAUGGUCUUGCUUGGAGCCGACGCCGCCAUUAUCGGUAGAAACGUUGAGAAAACUGAAAAGGCCGCCAAAGAGAUUGAAGCCUUACGUCCAGGAGCUAAGGUUCUUGGUUUGGGUAAUGUUGACGUUAGAGACGUUCAUUCCUUGGUCAAGGCAUCCAAGGAAACAGUUGAUAAGUUGGGCAGAAUCGACUACGUUAUUGCAGGUGCUGCAGGUAACUUUUUAAGUGAUUUCAAUCAUUUAUCAGCAAAUGCGUUUAAAUCUGUUAUAUCUAUUGAUUUAUUGGGUUCGUACAAUACCGUCAAGGCCACAUUUGAAGAAUUAAGAAAGAACAAGGGUGCAAUUCUUUUCGUUAGUGCUACCUUACACUACUAUGGUGUCCCAUUCCAAUUGCACGUUGGAGCUGCCAAGGCCGGUGUUGAUGCCUUAUCCAAUGCAUUGGCUGUUGAAUUGGGUCCAUUGGGUAUUAGAUCCAACUGUAUCGCACCAGGUAUGAUAGACGGUACUGAAGGUUUUGCCAGGUUAACCCCUCCUGGUGCUGAGCCAUUGGAGAAAAAGGUUCCAUUGCAAAGAUUAGGUUCCACUAAGGAUAUCGCUGAAGCUACAGUCUACCUCUUCUCCCCAGCCGCUGAUUACGUCACUGGUACCAUCCAGGUUGUUGAUGGUGGAUGCUGGCACAUUGGUGGCUUAAUGGGUAGUUUGUACCCAAGUGCCGUGCUCACCCAAGGUCUUGAUACCCCAAAGUUGUAA